CUUAGUUGCUGACUAGGAUAAAAAAUAAAUGAAAAUGGGAAUUACCUUGAAGGACGUCGCUCAAUUAAGGACAAAAUGAGCCGUAUCUUGUGGACACGCGUCAGGUUGAUAUGGUUUUGAGAAAGAAAAAAAUCAGUUCCUCGACGAAAUCGUUUCUAAUUGGAGAAGAAGGUGAAACUGAAUCGAUUCGUCUCUCUCUCUCUCUCUCUCUGUUUCGGAUGAAUUCUCCUUUGAGUUACAAGAAUCUGAGACUCGUUUCUAAAUCCAUCGCUUUCAAAUGUCUUCUUCUUGUUGGAAUUGCUCUGUUCUAUAAAGCUCUGUUUCUGUCUUCCUCUCCCAGAAUCGUUCUCUUGACUCGAGCUCGUCACACCUCACAUUCCUACUCAACCGGUGGAGUCGGGACAGAUAAGUUUCUCGAGGUUCCUCAGAUCGUAUGGGGACUGAACAAUCGAAGGACUAUGCUAAGGUCUUUGAGUGUAUGGUUGUGGUCAAUGAGAUCUCGAGAGAGGCAGAUAAAGUUGUGAUGAAAAUCAGAGAAGCAGGGGAGAAUGCAGCAAGAGAACAGGGUCUUGUUCCUUUUGUUGCGGUUCACAUGAGGAUAGAGAUAGAUUGGAUGAUACACUACACUGUAAUUUGUCCUAGCAAUAAUCUAUAUAUUUAGCAAAGUCCUUACCAAUGUUUCUUAAACACAAAGUAUUAAUAAAAUACUUAAGGACUCAAAACUAAGAAACAACCGAUAAUUAUGCUCUAACAA